AUGGAUGAGUCGCCGCCGGAAGUGGUGAACUUUGGGAAAUCUCUGUUGGUUCCAAGUGUUCAAGAGCUUGCCAAAGAGCACCUUACUAAUAUUCCGGCCAGGUAUGUACGUCCAGAACAGGAAUCUCAGGCCAUAUCCGACGAAGCGGUGGGUCCUAUAGUCCCAGUCAUCGAUCUGAAAAAGUUGAUAUCUGGGGAUUCCAUGGAUUCUGAGCUUCAAAAACUUCACUCAACCUGCCAACAAUGGGGUUUCCUCCAGGUUAUAAACCAUGGAGUGACACCUUCAAUACUGGAGAACUUCAAGAGAGAGGUUAUCCAAUUGUUCAGACUCCCAAUGGAAGAAAAGAAGAAGCUAUGGCAACAGGAAGACAACCAUGAAGGAUUUGGGCAGCUAUUUGUUGUAUCAGAUGAGCAGAAACUUGAUUGGAGUGAUAUGUUUUACUUAACUACUCUUCCCCCUCAUAUCCGGCAAAUGGACUUGUUCCAAAAAUUGCCCUCAAACCUCAGGGAUAUCAUGGAAGCAUACUGCAAAGAAAUCAAGAGCCUAGCAAUGAUCAUCCUAAGUCAAUUGGCAAAGGCUUUAAGCAUGGAUGAAAAGGAAAUGAGAGAGCUAUUCAGCGAUGGUGUGCAGUCAAUAAGGAUGAAUUAUUAUCCUCCUUGCCCUGAGCCAGACAAAACCAUUGGCUUCAGUCCUCAUUCUGAUGCUGAUGCUCUCACAAUCCUUUUCCAGCUAAAUGAAACGGAAGGCCUCCAAGUUCGAAAAGACGGCAUUUGGGUGCCUAUAAAACCCCUCCCAAAUGCUUUAAUUGUGAAUAUUGGCGAUAUUAUGGAGAUAGUGAGCAAUGGUGUUUAUAGGAGCAUUGAGCACAGAGCAGUUGUAAACUCAAACAAAGAGAGGCUAUCUGUUGCAACAUUCUAUAGCUCCAACCUUGACUCCGAAUUGGGACCUGCACACAGCCUCAUUGGACCAAGUAGUCCAGCAAUUUUCCGAAGAGUUCCCGUGGAAAAAUAUUUCAAGGAUUUUUUUGCACGAAAAAUUGAUGGAAAAUCGUACAUUGAUUUCAUGAAGGAAGAGGUGAGGGAUGACAAAUCCUAGGUAGCAGUUGAUAUUUUGGUUGGUUAUUAGCUUAUUUAUAUCCAGUGAAAUAUUCUUACAAGUUACUGUUGCUAUUGUAAUUUGGAGUUCCACUGUUUGAUAACAGUAAUAAAGAAGAAGAAAAAUAUUAUA